UCCGUCUGUCAAACAUUUAGGAUUUUUAAAAUAAAAUGUAUUAUGUAGUUGAGUUUAAUAAUAUUCCGAAUAUAAAUAAAAGAAAUUAAAAGUGUUAAUUUAAAACUAGUGUGAUGGAACUCGAUCAAAGUUUAAGUUUGCGUACGAAGGAUAUUGAAUUAGCAGUACAAAGGGAAAAAGAAAAUUUAUUAAAAUGUAUUCUGAAUAAUAGAGAUGAUAAGCGUGAGUUUCUCAAUCAGUUGUUUUCAUUUUUUGAAGAUGCAGAAGUUUUCAAUGUUGGAUAUAUUUUAAACCUGUUGGAAAAAUAUUUUAGCAUAGGAGAUAAAGAAAAUUGCACGGUUUUAGUAACUUUGCCAGAAAAGUUUAAUAAGAAACCUUCAAAUCUGGUCCCACUUUUAGAAUUUGUAAUAACAUUGAAAACUCUGGUUAAUGCAGUCAUUAAUCAAAAUACAUGUAUUAAAUUAGAGAAAUUUUUCAUGAAUAGAAGUAUUAUAUAUCAUUUGAUAAGCGAUCUUCCGGCCUCAAAUUUAUUUGAAAUAUUAAAAAUCGAAACAAAACUUGCAUCAGAAGAAAAUUCUGCUAAUUAUGUUAUUCAAAAGCAACAACUGAUUUAUUAUUUAGUUUUGGAAAAAGUUCAUGAUGUAGUGAUUCUUAAAAAUCCUAGAAACUUUAAAGUUAAUGAUCUCAUGGAAGAAAUUGAUGAUUUGGUGAUUUAUAAUGAGUUGCUAAAUGAUAUAUUUAAGUUAUUUUUUGUUAAACAUACACAGUUUUCUAAGUUUAAAAUUGAUAUUAGUGGAUCUAUUAAUUAUGAUGAAAACAAAGGUAAAGAAUAUGAACAUAAAAUUUGUGCUUCUUCGAGUUUUAUUUGUUUGGGCCCUCAACUAAAAGAAAUAUUAAAAUAUUUACAACAGAACAUUUCGAAGAAGAAUACAUUUUUCAAACAAAAUUUCAGCAAAAUCGAAUAUGAAAAAUUAGAAAAAUAUGAAAUUCACAUCAAUGAAGCACUACACAAAUUGAAUUUUUUGACAUCAUUAAAUUCCAGCAAAAAUUUUUUUUCUAGUGUUGAAGAUUUAUCUGUGAUAUUGCGGCAUCAUUAUACAAUUGCUGAUAAAAUUAGCAGUGAUGACGAAACUUCUAAUACAAAUGACACAUCUAGUAUUAGACGAAAGUCAAAACUAAAAAAAAAGUCAAGUUUAACAAAAUCCGAAAAAACAAAUUUAAAUGAAAAAAAAUUUCGUAAACGAGUUUCGGAAAAAAACUGUGUGAUAUCUAUAUUGCUUAGUGAUUUUACAACUAUAGCAGAAUACGGCUUUGCUUUUAUAAAUUUUGAUGAUAUAAGGAAUAUGAAAUAUCUCAGUAAAGUUGACAAUGUAGAAUUGGUACACACCAUAGCUCUAAUAAAUAAAAUAAAAUUUUUUACAAAAAAAAUUCAGUCUAUCUUGAAAACAUCAGAACACAUCGAAACAGAAAAUUUAAAAAUUAAUUCUGUGGUUGAACGCAUAUGGAACGUAGCGGUUAUAGGAUUUGAAGUUUCUUCAGUAAUCAAUAUAAUCGAACAAUUUUUAGAUGCAGUAAACAUACAAGAACUACAAUGUAAUAAUAAAGAUUUAUUUAAAAAGAGCAUAGAAAACUCUAAUUUAUAUUUAGAGCAAUAUGCUCCCUUAAAUCAAAAAUUGUCUGUAAUAGUUGAUCUUAUUACCAAUUUGGACUUAGAAUGUGAAAUAUGCGAAAAUAUAUUGGAUUUGAUAGAAAGAAGAUCGUCUUUUUUGAACGUUAAUUCCUUUGAAAGAAUUGGCUAUUUUGCAUUUUUACAUUCAAUAACAGAAUCCAUGCGUGCCUAUAAAGCAAUAUUUCCAAAUGAUAAAGCGAACACGUUACAAAAUUUUUUAAAAAAUUCUUUUUCAUAUGACGCAUAUGUAAUCCAAGCUGAACUAAAAGAAAUUUUAAUGUUUAAUGAAAUUUAUCAAAUCAAUAAUAUCUCAACAUUGAAACUCAACGAAAUUGAUAUCAAAUACUUAGAAAGUUAUUUUGAAAACCUGCCUUCAUGCAUUAAUUAUUUUGCUCGAAUGAAUAAUUUUUUGAAUACUUUUAUUAGUCUUAAAAAGCUUUCGGGGUCAAAUUUGGAGGAUCAUAUCAAUGAAUUAUUAAAAAUGACACCGCGAGCAUUAAUAGCUAACAUGAUUUUUAAAUCCGAUGUAUCAUUUUUAGAGCUUGAACAAAAGUCAAUUUCAUUAAACUUAAAUUUAGUUUACACUAUGGUAGAGUUAAUACUUCCCGAUUUUAUUAAAAAAGGGGAUACUGGCGAAAUUGAAAAAUUUCAACUUUCUGGAAGUGUAUACUCAUGUAUUAUGGAAUAUAUUAUGCUCAGAAGUGCAUUUUUGGGAAAACUGGUUGUAGAAAUUUUUAAUGAAAUUAAUUUUGAAAAUUUGUCUAAUGAUAGUUUGCACAUUAAUUUAAAGUUUUUAAGAAAAAUGCAGAAAAUGGACAUUGUUUGCAGUCUAUCAAUUUUACAAAAAAAGAGUCAGUUAGCAUCAGCUUUACUCUUAGAUUACAUAAAUGAUGAAGAUAUUUCUUCAGUAAAUGAUUUAUUUUUAAAAUAUAUGGUAUACAAAGGAUUAAGAGAAAAGAACAAUUCAAAUUUUAAUUUUUGUCUGAAUGCAAUUUUAAAACAACUUGUUUUUACCGAUGUGAAAUAUAUGUCUCUUCUUAAAAUGAUGAAUUCUUCGGAACAACGAUUUAAUUUACUGAUGGAAAAUUAUGAGAAAAUAAAUGAUUAUAUUUUGCUAGAAGAAAUAAUCAACAGUAUAGUGUUUGAUAGGAAUGUCAAGAUUUUAAGUGAUGAUAAAAUAGUAAAAAUCAAAGAAAUCAGUUUUGAAGUAGAAGUUUACUUAAAAAUUUCAAAAAUUCUAGAACUAAAUUGUUGGAGAGACGCUUAUAACUUUGGAAAAUCACAUCCUGCUAAGCUGUUUGAAAUAUUAAUUUGUCAUUACGAGUUUGACCUAUUGAAAAGGUGGGCUAAAAUGAAUGGACUAUAUAGUGUAGUUAAAAAUAAAAAAUUUGAACAAAUAGAUUUAAAAAAUUUAAUAACUCCAGGUGAUGAAAUAUUAAAAAAUCUCUUGCACAUUAUUGAAAGGCUUCCAAUAGAUCGAGUUACUAUGCUCCUUGAAAUUAAUUGUGAUAAAGUUGAUAAUAUUGGGUAUUUCUUUAAUAUAAUUAAAUGUUUAGUUGAAAGCUCUGAAGCAAAUUUUGAGAAUUACAAGAUUUCCUUGAAAAUUGCUGGAAUAUUUCAAAACUAUAAUCUGCAAAUGAAUAAGAAUUUAUUAAGUAAACCCUUAUUGUUACUUGAAGUACUAAUAAUGAACUCUAAGUUUCAACUGCUACAUGAAGUAUUGAAUGAGAUAGAUAACGUUGUUUCAAGACAUCCUUGUAAAUAUUGUGAUGGAAAGGUUAGAAAUAAGAAAUAUUCAAUGCCACAAAAUUCGAGUAAAUAUGAAAAGGCAGAUAUUGAUUCAAAACCAAAUUCAGAAUUCAUAUUAUUCUACUUCAAUUUAUAUAAAGAUGACCAUAUUCUUUCAGUUUCAUGUAUUGAUCUUCUUUUACGUAUGUAUGCUUCUAAAGCAUUAGAUUUUCAAAUAAGUAAUAAAUUCAAAAUUUUUUAUAAAAAUAUAUCUAUAUCAACUGAUGGUAUAAGCAUUGACUCUUUGGCAUCUGCUUUUAAAAUGCCUAAAGCUCCACCACAGAAACACGAGUGGAUAAAAGAUGAAGAUGCCAAUGUAUGUCAAAGCUGCCGCUAUACAGUUUUCACAAUGUUGAUCAGACGGCAUCAUUGUCGUCGCUGCGGACGUGUAGUCUGUUACUCUUGCUCUAAACAUAGAAUAAAAAUUCCGGAAAUAUACCAAGAUGUUCUCGUUCGCAUAUGUAUUGAUUGCGCUAAGGAAAUUCAAGUUAUGGAAGACAAAAUAAAAAAUAAGCAGAAUAUGGUAGAGAAUAGAGAAAAAUACGAAAAUUGCGAAAAUUUAUUGGAAUGGGAGUUAAAUGGAAGCAUAGCGCAUGAUGACAUGUUGAGGCAGCAGUUCUGUUACGAACACGCUUGUGAUGUUGCACUGUGCUUAACAAUUCUAUCAUUUCAUAAAAAUCAAAAAAAAUGUAUAGAUUUAUUGUUAUAUCAUUGCAAAAAAUUGGAAAUGUUAUUAACGUUUCGAAAUCCAGAAGCAAAUUUUAAUUCGAUUGCGAAAAUAUUGAGCUGUUUGUCUUUGGCUGCUAAGAUUCGUGGUGGACCUUCUGAAUGUGACGCCAUUCGUGAGCAUGCCGAUAUUAUCAAAUCUUUUGCUAAGAAUGGUUGUGAAAACUUGAUGAUUCCUGACUCAUUUAAUAAAAACAACAUAAAAAAAUUAACGUAUAAUUUGGUUGACGCCGAAAAAUAUUAUUUAGCACUAGAUAUUUCACUUAAGCGUGGAGUUUCCAUGUCAAAAGUUCUUGCUGCACAUGGUUUGUCAUAUUUAAAAUCUGGAUGCUUUAAUUUAGCUCGCGAAAAAUUUUUGCAUUGCAUGACAAAUAUUUGUUCUUUUGCUGAAGGAGCGCUUAUUUUUGAAAUCGUCAUGUCAUCCUCCACAUUAAGUAACUUGAAUAUAAAAAUGUAUCGUAGACCGAAAAAAAGUCCACCUUUGCUUGGUGAAAUAAUAAGAGUUAUUGAAUCAAUUUCAAACAACAUGUUAUUAUCAGAGAAUGACAAAAAAACAAGUUCAUUGUACGGUUCUGCAACAUCAAUUUCGACUCAACAGUCGUCAUUAUCAAAACAAAAUUCAAAUACUAAUGUUAAUGAAAACGCUUUUAUUAUUUUAAAUACCUUGUCGUCACUAAAAGCACUAUCAAAUGGUGGAAAUAUUGAAGAUUGUGAUAAAGGCAUUUUAAAUGUGAAAUCCAAAAUAUUUAAUGAAUGUUUCUACUACCUCAUCACAUAUGGGUCACACAGUAAUAUUAUUAAUUUUUUAAUCCGAUACAAUGAAAUUAAAGCAGCACUUCGUUACUUCAUUUUGCAAAAUUUUAAAUAUGAAUACUUUAUUUCACACAUAUUCUUACACUUCUUAAAAAUAGGUGAAGUGGCAAAUCUAAUAGAUCAUAUGCUUAGUCUGGAGGAACAUUUAUUAAUUUGGAAAAAUAUCUUUGUCUGUAUUUGCAGAUACUUGGAAUCAAAAGGAUUACUAAAUUCUCUAUAUCAAUUACAGGUCUUGCUAAAAGAUUCAGUCAGAGCAAGUAUGACAUGUGUUAUGUUUUUUUUAAAAAAUAGCUUUACUUUCAAGCAACUGAACGAGAAGCUGUUUUAUUUAGAUAAAGCACAAAAACAUUUGGAAGAUGAAAUAGAACUAUGUCAAAAUUGGGAAAACGUUAAUUUUGAUAAAGUAGUUAACAAAACUAUCGACAAUUCGUUCUCAAUCCAGCUGGAUUAUAAAUCUUUAAAUACGCAUUUAAAUACAGUUUUACUGCAAAAAGAAGUGACGAAAUUCUUGGCGAAGUUUGAAGAGGAACAUUUGAAUACUUUAAAUCGUUUGCUGCGACCGCAGAAUACAUCUCGUACGCUACCUACAUUAUUCGGUUCAGUAGACGAAAAAAUAGAAAUUGCAGCUUGGAUUCUAUUAUGUGGUCAAAAUUUAGAAGGAUUUGGCUUGAGUUUCAGAAUUAUUCAAGAAUUCAAAUUGAUCCCUACAAAAAUAUAUAAAAUUGUAACACAAUUUCUAGCUAAAAAUGAUCGUUUAGAUGAAAUAUUGAAACUAUAUGAUUGUAUCAUAGGAAGUAAUGAUGAAACAGCAUCCGUUAGGGAAGCAGAUGAAAUGAUUUUCGAAGCAAUUAAAUCUUAUACCAAUGUGCCCGAUAUUACAAAUAAAUAUAAGCUAUUGUCAAAACGAAUAAAAAAUAUUGAAACGCAAGUAGCUUGUUAUAUAUUUUUAGGCCAAUUAGAAACUGCGUAUUUAAUAGCAGAACAACAUAACCAAUUGGAUCAAGUUCAUAAAGUAUUAGUUAAAGCAAAGGAAAUGAAGAGACAAGACAUAAAAAAUUUAUGUGAAAAAAAAUUGAAAAUGAAAUUACGAAUGUAGCCAAAUUCCAUGCGAAACAUAAAAUUUUUAAAUGGUGUUAUAUUACGUAUUUAUAUUUUGUACGCGUUUAAUAUAUAAGUAUUUAAAGUUUAUUGUAUUUUAUAUUGAAUCUUUUGAAAAAAUGUUAAAAUAAACUUUCAACAAUAUAUUUUUAUUAAAUUAUAGUUUUAUUUAACAAAGUUCUUACUCUCAUUUUGAGAAGUUUACUUAUUUUGAUUAAAUUUCUUACUUUUCAGUACUAUCAGUCAAUGGAUCUAAUAAGAUUUUUGUGCACCAAUUAAAGUUUUCACUCAAGUUUAGUGUAAAUAAGUAAUCUAUAAAAAUAUAUAUAUUUAUGACCUACCAAAACUAACUUUCUUUCCAUUUCUUUAAGACAUUAGAAUUUGGCUCAAGUGAACGCCAUUCCCGGUUGAUAAUUUUAUAACGAAAAUAAUCCUUUUGAUAAUUUUAAAUCUAUUUUAAAUUUUUACAUAUUUACAUAUACAUAUGUAUAUUAAAUUAUAUUUAAUUUUGGUUUUGCAAUUGUAUUAGUAGAUGGCUCUUGGUGAACGUUAUCAAAUUUUGUACUUUUCAAAAGAAAUUUCCCUAUUUCCCUAACUUAGAAAAUACCUUAAAUUUUUUCGGGCCAAAUAGUAAUUCUCUUUUCUUUUGAAAAUUUGAGAAAAUCCGAUAUGCAUGUAUGUAUGUUUACCAAGGAAUGGAAGAUAAACGCUGCAAUAUAAAUGUACAUAAUAUGUAAUUUGUACACCUUGUAUGUACCUACUUUCCAGCAUUGUAUGAUAUUGUCAGUCAUUACGCUUGACUGAUAAAGUCGAAUCACAUAGGGUGACAUAAAAUACCUUGGUUCCAAAAAAUAUCUGCAUGCUUUCAAUAAAGUUUUCUUAUAUAAAAGAAAAUUAAAGAAAUUAUCUAAUUUGAGUAAACUAAAAUA